AUGAGGAUGCGCAAUAGGAUGAAGAUGAGCGCUGCAGAGGAGGAGGUGCGGUCUGAGGAGCGGUGCCAGGGAUUGUUCCAGAUGUGUGACCGAGGAGGAGGCAGGAGAAAGGGCCUUUGUGGACGUGUGGACAAAGAGCUGCUGUGACUCUGAGCUGGUCUGUCUGGACGAGGAGAGUCUGUCUGCUGCCUCCGCGUCUCCGGGAGUCUGCUGCUCUGCUCUCUAGCUUCUCCUCUGUUGACCUUCUCCUCCGUUGACCUCCUCCUCCUCUCCUCCUCCUCCUCUUUACCUUCUCGACGUGUCUGAGGACCAGGUGUGAGGAUGAAAGGCUGGUUCUGUCUUCUUCUGCUGGGCUUCGGAUUGCCGGACCGAGGCGCAGCGCUGCGGUGCUACAAGUGUUCUGACUACACGGGUCGCUGUGAGACCGUCCAGGAGUGCACGUACGAGGACGCCUGCGUGUCGCUGAGUGAGAGAGGGGGUAAGACGGUGCGGCGCUGUCUGCGCUACACCGACUGUGACAACUCGCGCCUCUCCCAGAUGUUUCCCGCCCUCUCCGGCUUCACCUACAGGUGCUGCAGCAGCAACCUGUGCAACGCCGCCACACCCGUCUCCAUGGCAACGCCAGCGCUGGCUCUGAUUGGCUCCCUGACGGCUGUGUGGCUGAGCUGGCUGUGAAAGGCCCCGUUCAUGACCGUAACUCGUUGACUCUUCGUACCGUCGCUAAGAGCAACAGGAUGCGCUUUGAGUCUGUUUAUUUUUAGAUGUUUAUCAAAUAACUGGAAAAACACAAUUCAUUAAAUGUUUCCACAA